GGAACAGCAGGGAGAGAGAGACGGGACGUGGAAAGUUGCCCCGGCUCCAGGUGUUGUCUCUGCGUGUCGAGCCCACUCAGACGACCAGGACAGCACAACAGGAGGAGGAAGAAGAGCAAAAACACCUUCGCUGGGGGGCUGAGAACCCGCACAGACCACUAUCACCAUGGAACCACCUUCCCAGAGCAGUGACGGCACAACCCAGAUCUUCUAAGGGGGAUCUUGACUCUCUCUCUCAAGCCAGCCUCUCGUGUGCCCUCAGCCAUGGCAGGAAACAAGGAGAGGGGCUGCUCUGGCGGAACCCCCCUGGCUCACGUGAACGGCUUCCCGCCUGCGGUCUACCCUUUCCCUUUUCCCAACCCGCACUUCGAGGUGCUCACCAAUGGAGGCUACUUCCGGAGCUACCCUAACGACCUGCCCAAGGAAAUGGCAUCACUGUCGGUGGAGACGCAGAGCACAAGUUCGGAGGAGAUGGUGCCCAGCUCCCCCUCUCCGCCCCCACCCCCACGUGUCUACAAACCUUGCUUCGUCUGCAACGACAAAUCAUCUGGCUAUCAUUACGGGGUCAGCUCCUGCGAAGGCUGCAAGGGCUUCUUUCGCCGAAGCAUCCAGAAAAACAUGGUCUACACCUGCCACCGGGACAAGAACUGUCAGAUCAACAAGGUCACCCGGAACCGCUGCCAGUAUUGCCGCCUGCAAAAGUGCUUUGAGGUUGGCAUGUCCAAAGAAGCCGUGAGGAACGACCGCAACAAGAAGAAAAAAGACGUGAAGGAGGAGGUUGUGGUAGACAGCUACGAAAUGACACCCGAGCUGGAAGAACUCAUCCAGAAGGUCAGCAAAGCUCACCAGGAAACCUUCCCUUCCCUCUGCCAGCUGGGCAAAUAUACAACGAACUCUAGCGCAGACCACAGAGUACAGCUGGACCUGGGGCUGUGGGACAAGUUCAGUGAGCUGGCCACCAAGUGCAUUAUCAAGAUUGUGGAGUUUGCCAAACGCCUGCCAGGCUUCACCACCCUCAGCAUCGCCGACCAAAUCACCCUGCUCAAGGCGGCCUGCCUAGACAUCUUGAUGCUCCGUAUUUGCACCCGCUACACCCCAGAGCAGGACACCAUGACCUUCUCGGAUGGGCUGACCCUGAACCGCACCCAGAUGCACAAUGCUGGAUUUGGGCCCCUCACGGACCUGGUCUUUGCCUUUGCUGGGCAACUGCUGCCUCUUGAGAUGGACGACACAGAGACAGGACUGCUCAGCGCCAUCUGCCUCAUCUGUGGAGAUCGAAUGGACCUGGAAGAGCCGGAGAAAGUGGACAAGCUACAAGAGCCACUGCUGGAAGCCCUGAAGAUCUACGCUCGCCGACGUCGACCCAACAAGCCUUACAUGUUCCCCCGCAUGCUGAUGAAGAUCACUGACCUGCGGGGGAUCAGCACCAAAGGGGCCGAACGAGCCAUCACCCUUAAGAUGGAGAUUCCUGGUCCCAUGCCACCGCUCAUCCGAGAGAUGCUGGAAAACCCCGAGAUGUUUGAAGACGAGUUGUCGCAGCCCCCGCCCCUGGCAGAACCCCCCAGCUCUGAGGAGAGCCCUGCAGAUGCCAAGAGCCAGGAGGAGGAGGAAGAAGAGGAGGCCCCCUAGCACCUCAAAGAGAGCCAGGAUCUAGGCUAGGAAAGGCCGGGAGAAGGAAAAAAAGAAAACCCUUUCCACAUCUAUCUCCUCCGUCCUUCCCACUGCCCAUUUCCUCCAGGACUCUUUGCCUUAAUAUUCCGGCCUUUCCUGCAGGCCGCCGGAGUUGGGUGUCACGGCAACAACUAUGGGGGGCUCCACAUUCCCCCCUCUUCGGCUGCGUUUGGUGACUUCUCGGCCGGUGUUGGAUGCCUCUUGCCUUAAACCUUUCCCCCCGCGGGGCCCUUGGAUGUAUAUUCUAAACUUGCCUUUGCCCCUCAAACCCCAGGGCUCUGCCAAAAGCCCCAGGCCGCCUGCCCAGUUGCGUCGGGCACCCUCAAGCCAAAUAUCCGGGACCUGCGAAAGCCCCCAAGGGGCUUGGACUGGGAGACCUCUCCUUUCAAAACGGGAGGAGCUCCCACUGUGCAAUCCGCCCCCCUCGCACUCCUGACUGUGGGAAGAGGGGCGCCUCGAGAGCCGAGAGAGACUCUGCGACGUGUGCCCCCAAACACACACCACACCGCGCUCCUGGCCUCCUCCCUCGUGACCCGGUCCACCGUCCCAGCUGGAUGCGAACUGUACCCUCCCAAGCCAGGAACCCAGGCAUCCGGGACACUAUUUAUUCUAGUCUCUGGAGGCGGGUAGAGGGAUGGCAUUUCUCUCCCGCAUCCCCAAAUGCACACAAGGAUCUUGGACCAAUGACUAUGUGGGAUGGGGAGAGUGAAGCCAGGAUUUCAGCAUACAUAUAUAUAUCCCUGUUGUGGGGUUUUUUGACAUGUGUGUGCGUGUUCAUGACCAUCUCUUGCAGAUUCCAAGGGGUUGUGGAGUCUUUGUUUUUGAGGGAGGUGAGUUUCACGGGCUGGGGGUGUGUGUCUUUUUUUGUUUUUUGUUAGCUGUAUAAAGCGCUAAUGUUUUAUUGUUUGGGGCAGAAAUCAAUCCCGUAUCAGGUGUGUGUGUGUGUGUGUGUAGGAGGGGGUGGGGGAGAAGAGGGGCAGCAGUCCGUCCUUCCUCCUCCCUCCCAAGGCAGAGGGGGGGCAACAGGGGGUGUGUGGCUUGCUGUCUCUGUUCUCGCUUGGGAUGCUUUUGACCCCGGUGCUAAGGAUUCUGGGAAACAGACCCCAAAGGACACUAGAUACCAAAGAUAUUGAGGAAAGGGUGAGGGUCGGGGGUGCCAGAGCUGCAGACUUGAACCCAUUUCCUGUCCCUCAGGGCCCUCUGCUGCCCCCUCCCCACAACCUCCCCCCUCCCCAGGGAGAACCAGCCGCUCUCUGCUAAGGUUGUGUGGAAAGGGGGACUUGGCGGGGAGGUGCGGGACACUGUUUACCUUAACUGGCAAAGUUUUCUUCCCCAGCACUUUGAUAAAGGGGAAGGGACGGGUCACUCCUACUAUAGGAAGCUUUGUUUCCCCUUCUCCAAGGCCUAAGAUGGGGAGGAGACCUGCUUUGCUCCACAGCUCCAAUGGACCAAAUAUGGAAAAUGCUCUUUCUUCUCCUCCCCAGAGGGCAAAAGACUUGCAGAAAGCGUCUCCCACCUCCCCUUCCCUGUGCUCCUAGCAAUACAAAAGGAACCAAACCCGAACACUACAAGAAGCCAGGGUUGGGGAGGGUGGCAUCGCACCAGCACCCUUUUGCUGAUGUUCCGCCAUUGGCAGCUGCGAUUCCAUCUCACCCUACAUCUGCUUCAUCAGUGGGAGGAGAGAGAAACAAAAGCCUCCCCUCUGCUGUUUUGGGAAUGAGAGCUGAAGGUUCUGCUGCCCCUUGCUGGCCAUGAAUGGGGCAAGGCUUUUGGCGGAUUUAUUUAUUUGCCUAUGUUUACACCAGGGGGGUGGGUAGCACAAAGAGUUGCACCUUCACCCCCACCCCAGAGCAGGCGAUGAGGCGGGUAGAACAGCGCCCCCACCCCAAGGAACGAGAGGCUCUGCCGAAAACUGCCUUGGCUUCUUCCCCCAGUCAUUUUAAGCUGCCAAAAUGAAAUAAAACGAAUUAAUGAAAUAAAUACCCCAGGCCUUAAGAUGAGGGUCUGUUUGUUGUGGGGCGGGAUGGAGAAGAGGCUGAAGCCCUUCCGUGAUGUUUACAGACCAGCUUUCCAUGGUGUUUUAGAGGAAUCUGUCCUGCCCCUGCACUCCCAGCUGUGCCGCAGAAGAGGGGACUUUUCUAUUUUUGCAAAAUAAAGCGACGGAAACUCAAAAA